UCCUAAAUAUAUAUUUUUUUUAUUUAUUGCUGAUUUAUACGUUGAUUGGUUGCUGAUGUUGGCUCAGUGUAAGAUUACCAAUUGUGUUUUUGCUGACAUCUGUGGUUUAUUGCUGAUGAUGUAGUUUUUGUAUUGUUAUCGGUGCAGUGCAUGUGCCGGUGGAUUUAAGAGCAAGUGUGAGCGAUAUUCGUUUACGCAAUUUGUGAUUUGAGAAGUGGAGAAUUUUUCAGCUGCAGAUGAGGCAGAAAAUUACAAGGAGUGCUUGGAACAAAGAUGAAGGUGUGCAACAGACCUGUCCAACAGGUGCAGAACCGGUGAUAAUGAAGCGGAGGAUACGUGCGAAGCUUCACAGAGGAACCAGCAGUAAACGGUGGAGAGGGAGGAACACAGUGUACUCUUACGUGCAGAGCCACGCUGAUAAUCAAAGGAACACGGGAUCUCGAGCCAUGGAUGCCUCAUCCAAGUCACUGUUGUUGUCGACGCUCCUGCUACUUCUAUUGCAACAAGCAGUGGAGGCGCUGAGGGUCGAAGUAAAGGUUCCACCGUACCUCAAGAAAGGCGAGUCUGCCAGGCUGGAGUGCAGGUACGAGCUGGGCUCUGAUAAGCUGUACUCCGUGUCCUGGUACAAGGACAACGUGCACAUCUACAAGUUCUUGAAAAAACAACACGAAAAGCUGGUUUUCAAUGUGAAUGGUGUCACAAUCGACCCGCACAAAUCAAGCGACCAGUUGUUGCAGCUUCAGAGCGUGAUCAUCGACGCGACCGGCUACUACAUGUGCGAAGUGAACACCGACAGUCCUGUGUUUAAGGUCGUAAAGGCCAUGGCUUACAUGGAGGUCAUAGAACCACCCCGAGAGGGUCCAAAGAUUACCGGUGAAGAGGAAAUAUAUGCCAGUGGUGAUAUUAUGGCGCUGAACUGCACCAGCGCCUUCUCGUAUCCAACGGCUCGGUUGCAGUGGUUCAUCAACGAAAUCGAGGUAGGUAGAGAUGAUCAGGACGGCACUUCAGCUUCACGACCGCCUGUUUUGUCUGAAGCUAUACCACACAUUACACUCUGA